AUGGAUUUCACUCCUCCGCCGAUUGAAGACGGUUUCGCGGCGGAGAAGCUUUUCAACAGUGGCUUCUCUUACACAUACGAUGACCUAAUUUUUCUUCCUCACUACAUCGACUUCGCCGCCGAUGCCGUUGACCUCUCCACCCGUCUCAGCCGCAAUAUCUCCCUUUCAACUCCCUUUGUUGCGUCUCCGAUGGAUACUGUUUCGGAAUCUUCCAUGGCUUCUGCUAUGGCUGCACUUGGAGGCAUCGCUAUUGUUCAUCCUAACACUACUCCCUCACGUCAGGCUGCGUUAAUCCGUGCCGCGAAGUCCCGCCGUGUACCUAUCCUCUCUGAGCCGGUUUUCGUCUCUCCGUCUGAUGUUGUUGAGUCUGACGAGGAUUUCGCUGCUUCGCCUUUUAUUUUGGUUACAGAUUCCGGUAAUUCAACCGGGAAGUUUAUCGGUUUUGUCACGAAGGCGAAUUGGUCGAAUCAAAACGACAAGAGCCUGAGAGUGUCGGACUAUAUGGAGCCUCCACCGUCAGCUCUUCCGUUAAGCUCCGAUCUUACAAAAAUCGAAGAGGAGUUGGAGAAGAAAAAGGGAAAUAUUGUUGCUUUGGUGAAAGGUGAAGAAGUGGUGGAUUUGGUGACAAAAGAGGAGGUUGAGAGGGUGAGAGGCUACCCGAGAUUGGCCACCGGAGGGUCAGUUGGAGCUGAUGGAGAGUGGAUGGUGGGAGCGGCAAUUGGGACGAGGGAGGAAGAUAAAGAGAGGUUGGAGCAUUUGGUGAAAGCUGGAACAAAUGCUGUGGUGUUGGAUAGUUCUCAAGGGAACUCUAUUUAUCAAUUGGAGAUGAUCAAGUAUGUGAAGAAGGUGUAUCCUGAAUUGGAUGUUAUUGGUGGGAAUGUGGUGACUAUGUAUCAAGCUGAGAAUUUGAUUCAAGCUGGUGUUGAUGGGUUGAGGGUUGGUAUGGGUUCUGGUUCGAUUUGUACCACUCAAGAAGUUUGUGCCGUUGGGCGUGGUCAGGGAACUGCAGUUUACAAGGUCUCGUCCAUUGCUUAUAAAAGUGGAGUUCCGGUAAUUGCGGACGGCGGCAUCUCAAAUUCUGGUCAUAUUGUAAAGGCUUUAUCGUUGGGAGCAUCCACUGUUAUGAUGGGAAGCUUCUUAGCUGGUAGUCUUGAGGCUCCUGGAGCUUAUGUUUAUCAGAAUGGCGAACGUGUCAAGAAGUAUAGAGGAAUGGGUUCCCUUGAAGCUAUGACUCAAGGCAGUGAUCAAAGGUACCUCGGUGAUACAGCUAAGCUUAAAAUUGCCCAGGGGGUUGUUGGAGCUGUUAAAGAUAAGGGUUCUGUGUUAAAGUUCAUUCCAUACACCGCGCAAGCCGUACGGCAAGGGUUUCAGGAUAUUGGUGCCAACUCUUUGCAGUCUGCACAUGACCUUCUAAGAUCCAGGGUGUUAAGGCUAGAGGUUCGUACUGGAGCAGCACAGGUUGAAGGAGGAAUUCAUGGGCUGGCUUCUUAUGAAAAGAAAUACUUUUGA